GCCCCGCCCCGGCCCCGCUCCGUAACUUCGCAGACGGAGCAGGACAGACUAGGCCGCGUGUAGGUUUAGAGCAGGAAAGGACCGCAGACCAUGGAGCCCGGUUCCCUGAUUUUGCAGCUGAGGGAACAGACCCGGGCAGAGUAAGAAAGCUGCCUAAGUCACAUAGGCGGUGACAGAGGCGGGGUUUGCACGCACCGGCUCUUCCAAGGCAGGUAGAUCCGGGUCACGUUCCGCCAAAACGCUAGAGAAAUCACUAAGGCAGGACGCGGCUUUCAAAGGAAAAAGUACGGCCGGGGCCCUUCCCGCCACUCUCGCGAGAAGUUAAGCACCCACGGAUGCCCGCCCCGCCCCCGCUUGGGCUCACUCGUCUCCUCUCGGUCUUUCUGUGCAUUUCAUGCCCAGCGUUGCCUUUCCGAGACUCUCGCGAGAUCCUGUAGUUAGCGAGUUCCGCUUCCCCUUCCGCCCGGAGGCGUCGCAAUCUCUCGGGGCAACGCGAUGGCGACGGUGAGUGAGGCUGCUUUGGAGCGGCUCUUCUCCUUGGAGCUGCUGGUGGAUUGGGUGCAUCUGGAAGCGCGGCUCCUGCCGCUGCCGCCGCCGCCGGAGGACGAGGAGGAGGAGGCCGGGCCGCCCCCGCCCGGCUCCCUCCGCCUGGCCGUGGCCUUCCGCCUGCUGGACUUCCCCACGUUGCUGGUGUAUCCUCCGGGGGGCCCCGCCGCUCCUUCCCGCCAGCGCCGGCCGGGCCUGUUCCCCUUCGGCCGCGGCAAGUCCUGCCUCUUCCGCUUGGGUGCGGCCGUCCUGCAGCGUCUGCUGACCGUCUCCCCGCUCUACGCGCUGCUCCUGACGGUGCCCCCCGGCAGCCCGACGCCGGCCCCGAAGCUCUUGGGCAGCUGUAGCGUUUCCCUGGCUCCCGCCGCGCGCGCGCUCAUCCGGGAGGGGAAGCGGCUCACGGGCGCGGGACCCUCGCAGGGCCACCGAGGUCUUUACGUGCUGAGAGAUCUGAUGGGGGAACGGGUCGGGCAGAUGUACCUGGGCUACCGCUUGACCGACUUGGGAAGCACUUUGCUGGGCCAUGUCCCCCCAAAGAUGCCCGGGGCCCCCCCGGGGGAGGAGAUGCCUGCUGGGGCUGGGGGGAGUGAGGCGGAGGCGAUAAGGACUAAGGAGAGGAGCCCUCCAGCUCCAGAGGAAAAGCGGCCGAUCACUCCACCACUGGAAAGCUUUGCUCAAGUGGAUCCAGAGGAUUUGGAAGAUUUAAAAGAACCAGAGCAGCGGGAAGAAGUGAUCGAGUUAGUUACCUACGAUAAAACUCGGCCAAAGCAACAGGAAUAUGUGAUUAAGACAGUUAAAGCAAAAGAACCAGAGCAGCAGGAAGAAGUGAUGGAGUUAGUUACCUACGAUAAAACUCAGCCAAAGCAACAGGAAUAUGUGAUUAAGACAGUUAAAACUCCCAGCAAAUACGAUAGGAGUGAUAUAGAUACCGAGUUGACAGACUCUUCCCAGUCAGAGGUUAGAGAAAGCGUUAGUACAAAAAAUCAGGAAGUCACAGAGUUAGAAUUUGAAACAAAUAUAAUUUGUCCACCACCUCUCUAUUAUUCUCAUCUGGAACCAAAAAAGGUGCCACCAGCUAAAGGCAAAUUCAUAACUGUACCUCAAAUUGAUGUGCCCAGGGAAUCUAAUAAUGUGGUUCAGGAAGAAAAGGUUCCCUGUCCCUUGGUAAAGAACCAUGAUGUCCCAUCAGAUCAGAGUCAGGCUGCCAUGACCCAAUCUCAGCCUAUCCAAAAUGGACUUUUUGACCAAGAUAAACUUGAUGCAAUAAGGCAUCUACCUCUACUAAAUGCUUUAUUGGUUGAGUUAUCUUUAUUAUAUAACCAGCCACUUGCAGCUGCUGCUAGUGUACAUCCUCACUUAGCCUGGUUAUACAGGACUGAGGAUGGGAAAGCCCCAGAACCUCCUGACAAUGCUCCUUGUAGAACUGAGGAAGUGGGAGACAAGUUUUUACCCAAGAAAAAAGAAGAGGGCCUAAGUCCUCCACUAUUAAGGAACCAGGUUGGACACAACCUCAGAAAAGAUGUAUGUUUUGAAAAAAGCAGGAGCAGCCAAAAAAAAAUGGUUCCAAGGAGAAAGUUGUUUUAUGGCCUUACAAAUACACUCAAACUCCGUUUAAAGCAAACAAACCCAAACAUGUUAAUACUACAUGAAAAAAGAGAACAGUAUAGAAAAAUGCAAACAGAAAUGCCAGAUACAGAAAAGCUUAAUACUUUACCAUCUAAAGGAAAAAGCUUUACAGAGAAGCAUGGGAAGCCACAUACACUGCCCAGCAAUCAGUGUUUGGCUUCAGAUGUUCUUUUUCCUGAAAACAUUAAAACUUUAGAGCAAAAUGGGGUGGAAUCUGAAGGCCAGAGCCCUGCAAAAGAAACUCACGUUACUAGAACUGAGAAAGAGAGAAAUGUUGAAAUCAAAGCAAAUAAGAACUCUCGUAUAAAAUUGGCCAAGGUGAUAAAGCCCAUUUUACCAGAAAAUGUCACUCCAACAAAUGUUUCAGAAAAAGUUAAGAAAGAAUUAAAAGUCAAUCUUCUAGAUAUUGAUGCAGAGAAUGCCAGAAUAGAUGAUAUUGUUACAGAUUUUAGUAAUGGAGCAAAUGAAACUGUGGGUUAUAAUUUUCAUCCACCUAAUUCAAAUGAUAGUAAACCAAGAAAAAAUAGUCAUUCUGAAAGCAUUCCAGAAAUGAAGUAUUCUGAUGACUUUACUAGUCCGUACUAUUCUGAAGAUUUUUCCAGUACUGAUGAUACUUUUGGAAAUUCUAGACUUCAUGAUAGUAAUCCUGAACUGGAAGCAGAUAACCUCAGUUAUUCUUUUUUAAAUACUAAUUGUAAGUCUAGUGAAUCUAGAAUGUCUAGAAAAAGUCUUAAAAGUGAAAUGAAUUCUGUUCUUACCCCACCUUUUUCAGUUGGCUCACCAGUACAUUCGUAUAAAAAAUCUCAUCUUUCAAAGUCUGAGGGCAAAAGUCUAGUAGAUGUAAAUAGUAGCUCCAGCAAUGACCUUUCCUCAUAUUGGAGUGAAGGGAAGGAAAAAAAGAAUGACCAAAAUGACAUUCAUAAUAAAGAAAUGAGGAAUAAUAAAGUCAUCCAUAAUAUACUUAACUCAAAAACUGGCCAAAAAUCUUUAGAAAAAAGUCAGUCAUUAAGGACAUCUCAAGUGAGUUCUUAUUUGCCAUCUAAUUUAUCUGAACUAGAACUUACUCCUCAGGGUAGCAUUGCUUCAGAUGAGCUUGAAGAAAAUGAUGAACUUGGCUCACUAGAUAUUUGCGAACAAUACAAGGACAUCUGUGAGUUAGUAAUAAAUAAGCUUCCUGGGUAUACAGUGUAAGAUUGGGGUUUUUCAUAUUUAACUUUUUAGAAAUAUAUAUAGUUAAAUUUAUAAAUUAUAAAUUUUUAUAAAUUUACAUUGCUUAUUUUUAUACAUAAAUGAUGUGAAUGCAUUUACUAUGGAAAUGCAAAAUAAAAUUUUCCUCAUGUGCCAUGCUUUUUUUACUGUUCAAAAUCAGUAUAACUCUAGAAGCAUUUUGCAGUAGGUGAUGAAACUAUUAUAAAUGCCUUAUAGUUUUCUGUUUUGUUCUGAUAAAGGUACAAAUGCUUUAGAAAUUGGUUCUGAUAGACAAUCAAAGAAAUUGGGGGAAAAAAAGCAAUGCUUAGGCAGCUAGGGAGUCCUGUGGGGUUUGAUUUUAAAUUGUUAGAGGAAUUUUUUAUUAUAUAUUCAUUAAUGUGUUCAAGUUGCUGUUCACAUCACUGUGAAUGACACAAAGCCAGAUGUCCCUAAUUCCAAGCAGCUUGUGUUCCAGUAGAUGCCAUUACAAUUUAUAUAGAACACAGGUUUUAGGAAAAGGAGUAAAGAGUAAGAUGCUCUUGCUCCAAAUGAAAGAUAAAGCCACUAAGAAACCUGAGAAAAAGCAACAGGUGUUAGUGUUAUUAAUAUAAAAAUCCACAAAUGAUUAUAAUUUUAUAUUUUUGUGUCAUUGGUGGAGGACAACAAAGCAAGGAACAAUUCUGAAUGAGGUGCCAUUUAAGAGGAGAGAGGAUAAAAUAAAUCAUAGCUCUGAAGGUUUUAGAGACAGACUGUUAUUAAAUCCAGAUACAUGAAUGAGAAUGUGGCCAUGAAUCAGAUAUAACAUAAAAAAUUAGAAUUUCUUAAGCUAUGAAGGAAAAAGAUGAAUGUUGAAGUUUUAAAAAUUACUAAAACAAGAUCAUGAAUUACAAUUUUAUGACUAAAUUUUGCAACAUAGUUGUAUCAUUUUAAGUAGAGAAGAAUGAACAUUUAGCAGUUUUGAUGAACAAUUCUAGUACUGAUUCUACACAAAGUUGGACUCAGAGGCUCCAAGUGUAAGCCCUAUCUCUGGUAUUUCUUGCAUGACUGGGUAAGUCAUAGGUUUGGAGAUUUAAAACUAGAAAGGGGACUUUGGGCAUCAGUGUAGUCCCAUGAUUUUAUUCAUGAGGAAAUGGAGACACUGAGAGGUUAAGCAAAUUGCCCAAUGAUAAAUAUGUACUAGUGAUAGAAUUGAGAUUUGAACUUGGUGCUAUUAAUUACAAAAGGAAUAUUAAUUAUAAAAGUGUUAUAUGUGUAUAAGGGGGAAAGGUUGACUGGACUGAUAGCAGGUUGCUCCAAUUACUGAUAAAAUCCAACUAAAUCUCAGUAGUGCUGGCUUAAAAAUCUUAAGUAACAAAUUUCCUAAGUGUCCAUGCCUAUAUAGUUAGUGGAGUGAAAUCAAGCAUUUAUUCUAAUUUCCUUUCCUCAUAAUAAGAAAAGGAAGUGUUCAUUUCUCUCAACUUUUAGUCCUGCUCCCAAUAAUUUCCUUUCUCUUAUCUUAAUGUUGUUUACAAAAAAAUGACUUUGGAAUAUUUCUAUUUGAAUCCAUACUCUAUUAUCUAAUUAUGUGACCUUGGACGGAUAAGUCACUUAACCUCUGUGGGUUAUAUAGUAUCAUCUGAAAAAUGAAGCAGUUGCACUGCAUGAGGUCCCAUAAAGAUACUCUAACUUAAUGUUCCCAUUUUAUAUGGAAGGUAAGUAUUAAGGGCUGUUGUCUCCAAAUAACAAUUUAGCAGGGAAAGCCAAACCAAAAUAAUUAGUGAAUAAUAUAGAAUGCAGACUAAGUAAUAGUGUGUACAGAACAUGUUCUGUAGUAGUUUAUCAGAACUGGGAAGUGGGUAAGGAAGAUAUUUUAGGGAAGAGCAUAAUGUGAACUUUGUCUUAAAAAUGGGUAGGAAUUGCCUAUCUAGUCAUGUGAUAGAACUGUAAUAGUGAGUUAAUGAGAAUGUUGAUUAGGGUAUGCUUGUUAUCAAUGGGGAGAGGUAGACUUAAAAAAAAAAAAAAAAA